AGUUUAGAUUUCUUAUGUAAGGUGGCUUUUACUUCCCGUGCCCACAUAAUCUCGCCUGAUUCUCGCGCGAAUAGCAUAUGCGUCCCCGAUAGAAGUUGUUCGUCUGCCAAGUGACAUACUAUGACGUCUUCGGAAGAAAUCAUUGAGCAGUUGCAGGCGCUGGCCACUGAUCGACCGCCUGUCUGCUUCGGUACUUGCCCGAUUGCGGAGAAAGAUUUUGCGCUUUACUACGGAAAGGGCAACGAUGCACGCCAAAUCUCACUGCACACUGCAUCAGACGCUGAACUGGAGCAUCUGGCCACAUCCACCGACAAAGCGACGUUCGGGAUGAACAAUCUGGAUGUGCUGGACGAAUCCUACCGGAAGGCUGGCAAAAUGGAGUUGGACGCGUUCUCAGUCAAGCUGGACGUGGAACGGGCUGGCAUUCUCGACCGAGUCAAGAACGAUUUACUGGACCGGAAAGGCUUCCGAAAGGGCGUCCACUGCGAGAUGUAUAAGCUCAACGUUUACGGUCAGGGUUGCUUCUUCAAAGCGCACAAGGACACUCCGCGCAGCGACACCAUGUUCGGAUCGCUGGUCAUCGUCUUCCCGACACCGCACGUGGGCGGGGCCUUGUUGCUGCGUCACGGCGGCAAAGAGUGGACGUUCGACGCGGCCGCCCAACUGGCGGCCACCCCAGCGCCCUCCGUGGGCUAUAUCGCUUCUACAGCGACGUGGAGCACGAGGUGACCACUGUCCAGUCCGGUCACCGCGUGACCCUGACCUACAACCUGUACUUCGCUGCCGAAGCGGCCGUUCCACCAUCCAACGCCGUCAACCAGGUGUAUCUGGAGAAAGAGCACGCCUUCAAACGGGGCCUGCAGGCGUUGCUGGCCAGUCCGCAGUUUCUGCCGGAAGGCGGUCGAAUUGGUUUCGGACUGCAGCACGAGUAUCCCGUCAACCGCAAGACAGAACCGCGCAGUCUGCUGAGUUGUCUCAAAGGCACGGACGCGAUGAUUCACCGCGUCAGCGUGGAACUGGGCCUGCCCAUCGCGCCAAAGGUCAUCACCGCCAAUUUUCUGGCCGAAAACCACGACAUCUUGCUGACCGAUAGUUUUGUGGACAUUUACGGCGGCUACCAAGAUUAUGAUCAUGCGUCCGAGCAGUUUGCCGCUGAGGUGGUGGACGCCGUCAGACUGCCGGAGGAUGAAGAGAAAAGCCACGCAAUUGAAAUACGGAAAGAAUAUUGUGAAGAACCGGAGGAAUGCUCGGACAGUGACGACAGUGAUGCCUGCGGGCGCCGCCGCACUCUCUACGAGUCAAUGGGCUGCGGUAUUUGCUGGAUUACGGAACUGACGGAGUACACGCGGUUGAGAACGGAUUACAUUGCGUUCGGCAACGAUGGCAGGGUGAGUCAUAUCUACGGGAGAAUCUGCUUCGUCGCCAAGAUCGGACCGGUCGGGAAUCGUGUUAGCGACAAUGGCGAGAUCCACCGGGAAAUGGCGGACGGGUAGACAAGAUCAUGAAAAAGCCGGAAAUUUGCUUUGUUAGUGUAAAAACGUUGUGUGCGGAACGGUAAUGCCUUUAUCUUCAAGAGU